AUGGCACCGCCGAUAACGCCGCCAAAACCCAUUUGCGGGGAGGAAAGGCCUCAAACACGUGAAAGGACCUCGGUCAGCUAUGAGUUUGUCCUUGAGGAUGAGUUUGACGCGCUGUGUGUUGAGGUGAAGAGGAACGACGGCGACUCUAGCGGUAAAAGCAGCAGCGGUAACAAGUAUCCUGCAAAGCUUCAUGCGCGCAAGGUUGUCAAAGAGCUUGGCGUUACUGAUGGCCUCAUCUAUCUCCCUGGUGAGCCUACACGGCUCUACGAAGAUUCAGACCAGUCACCUCCUUUCAAGCAACGAAGAUAUUUCUACUAUAUGAGUGGCGCCAACUUUCCAGACUGUGUUCUCACUUAUGACAUCGCUACGGAUCGUCUCAUCCUCUGGAUUCCCUACGCUGAGCCGCGCCAGGUCUUAUAUCAUGGCCCAACUCCAGACGCAGCAGAGGCCAUGCGAAAGUACGAUGUUGACGAUGUCAGAUACACUGCUCAGCUACAAAAGUUUCUUCACAGCCAGCUCCGCCCCGAGAAGACCCUUUAUGUCAUUCAUACAGACCAGGCUCCGAAACUUCAUGAUCGGCCUCGAGGACAGACAAAGAUCAACUGCUCCAAGUUGCGCCCUGCCAUGGACCAAGCCCGUGUGAUCAAGACGGAAUACGAAGUUGCGCUCAUUCGUCGCGCUGCACGCAUCUCAGCAGCCGCCCAUCGUGCCGUGACUGAACGUCUUCUAACUAUGCGGAAUGAGCAGGAUGUCGCAGCCGUUCUUCUCGCAGCCUGUACUUCACGCGGCGCUCACGCUCAGGCGUACCCAAUCAUCGCUGGUGCUGGUGUUAAUGCGUCCAUCCUGCACUACGAAUCCAAUGAUCAGCCCCUGGAGGGAAAGCAACUCAUUGUUGUCGACGCCGGGUGCGAAUACCAAUGUUAUGCUAGCGACAUUACUCGCACCCUUCCCAUCAGUGGAUCCUUCUCUAAGGAAGCUUCCGCUAUCUACUCUAUUGUACAGCGCAUGCAAGAGGAGUGUAUAGCACGCGUCCGGCCUGGCACUAUCUACUACGAACUUCAGCUUCAUGCUAGCGACGUGGGUCUUCAGGGUCUACGCAAGCUGGGUCUCCUCCGAGGUAGCUUUGAUGAAAUCCAAAAGGCCGGUACUGUCGCAGCUUUCUUCCCUCACGGUCUGGGCCACCAUAUUGGUCUGGAGGUUCAUGAUGUCACUGGCGAUGAGCGCCUCUUAAUGCGGGACAACUUCCACGUCGAGGGUGGGAAGCGUGAAAUGGUGACAGCUACAGCUCUGGUAGCUAUGCACCGCAUGGCUUCAGCCCCGGGCCCUACCAAGCCUAGACAAGCUCUCCAACCCAACAUGAUUGUUACCAUUGAGCCAGGAAUUUACUUCUGCCGUCCUUUCAUUGAGGGAUACUUCCUGAACAAUCCGACACAUGCCAAGUUCAUCAAUCGUGACCUUCUUGAGACAUACUAUCCCGUCGGCGGCGUACGUAUUGAGGACGAUAUCCUUGUGACACAUGGAGGUUAUGAGAACUUGACCUCUGGAGCACCCAAGGGCGAUGAGAUGCUUGACGUGAUCAACGGUAGCUUUGAGAAGAUUUGA